UUAUUUCAUGUGCCGCUUUAACAUUCUGAAAAUCCAAAUUACAGUGGCCGGCAAAGAAGCCGAACGCAUUUCUCUUUUCUACCCUUUCUGCUUGCUUUUAGCCUUCUUGGCGCCAAAAAGGAGAAAGAGCCGCUAUGGCGUUUGGGCAAACCCUAGUAUCAAGCCGAAACAUGUUGUUCACCGUCGUCUCGCAAAACCCUAAACCAAACACCAAAACCCUGGCUUUCUUCCCAUCUCCGACUCCCCUGAACUCAUCUUCUGUUCUCGCUAAACGACAGCGUCUUCCCUUCCGAACGCUAAAAUGCUCCGUCGAUUACAGAGACCAAACCCACAACCUUCAAGUAUCGUACCCAAAACCCUCUGAAAUCCCGUGGAGCAAGGACCUUUGUAAUACGGUGCACCUAAUCGGCAAUGUCGGCUCCCCCGUUGAAAUCAAGCACUUGCCUUCUGGUAAAGUCCUCGCCUGGACACGACUAGCCGUCAAAAAAUCCCCCACCGACACUACUUGGAUUAAUUUGACAUUCUGGGACGAGCUGGCCAAUACUGCGUAUCAGCAUGUGGAGAAAGGACAACAGAUAUAUGUAUGCGGUCGUCUGGUUUCGGAUACGGUUGAAAGUGAUGAUGGCAAACAGCAGACUUAUUACAAGAUAGUUGUCCAACAAAUAAAUUUUGUCGAAAGGAACUCUCCUUCAAUGGCUUCUAAUGAUCGUGGCUUUAGUGGGAUGUCAAGUAAUAGGAAAGUUGGCUAUAAUGGUGAGAAUUAUGUGGGGUCUGCUAUGGAACUAUGGCAAGCUUUUUUCGCCAAUCCUACUGAAUGGUGGGAUAAUAGGAAAAACAAGAGGAACCCAAGAUAUCCAGAUUUUAAGCACAAGGAUACUGGAGAAGCUCUAUGGAUUGAAGGUAGGAAUACUCCCCAUUGGGUGAGAUCCCAGUUGGAGAUACUAGAUUCUAGAAUGAGCUCUCUGCAAGAUGAGGAUGAAAGGAUGUUUUCUUCGAUGGCCAGUGACAAUCUCCUGCCUUUUUAAUGGUUUAUAUCAGUGUGUUUAUGAUGUUUCUAUAAGUUGAUUGCGCUUGGCAAGGUCCCUGCAUUUUGUAUGCAAAAGUUUUUGUAAGUCUCAGUAUGCUUCAGAUGUAUAGCACUUUGUCUGUUCUGUAAAAUAUUGCUUCUUCUACAAGUUUUAGUUUUAUAAGCUUUGUUUGACCUUUUUUGAACAUCUGAAAUGUCAUUAAUUACCAUGAAGAUAUUGAUGAUUCACAAAUCAAUUUGAAUGCUUUAA